CAUUAGCUGCAACAAAAACAAAGAAAAAAAACCAAAAAAAAAAAGAAAGAAAGAAAGGAGGGCCUUUUAAGCCCUCUCUCUUCUUAUUAUGCUUCUUCUCAGAUCUUAGAUUCUUUUACUUUUCCCAUCUGGGUUUUUUUUUCUUUUGUAAAUUUAAUAUCAUCAUCUCUUUAAAACUAAAUAAAAACAUAACCAUCAAAGGAAUCCUGGAUUGUUGGUCGAUUGAUAGUUGAUCGGUAAUUGGUCUCAUGCUUUUCGAUUGAAUCCAACAGCACCCGAUCUCUUUAUAUUGAUAUAAAUAACCCGGCUUUGCUUGAUUUUCUGUAUUUUGAUAAGCAUGGAAAUGGAACUUGGCAAGCUUUUCAUUGGUGGGAUUUCUUGGGACACAAAUGAGGACCGUCUUAGAGAAUAUUUUCAGACUUUUGGGGAAGUUGUUGAAGCUGUGAUAAUGAAGGAUCGGGCUACCGGUCGUGCCCGUGGAUUCGGGUUCGUCGUGUUUGCCGACCCGGCUGUCGCAGAAAGAGUUGUUAUGGAAAAGCAUAUGAUAGAUGGUAGAACCGUUGAGGCAAAGAAGGCAGUUCCUAGGGAUGACCGUAACAUUCUAAACAAAAGCAAUGUUAGCAUUCAUGGAUCACCUGGUCCUGCUCGAACAAAAAAGAUAUUUGUAGGAGGGUUAGCAUCUACAGUUACUGAGAGUGACUUUAAGAGGUAUUUUGAGCAGUUUGGCACAAUUACAGAUGUUGUUGUGAUGUAUGAUCACAAUACUCAGAGGCCACGCGGUUUUGGAUUCAUAACUUAUGAUUCAGAGGAAGUUGUGGAUAAAGUCUUGCAGAGAACAUUUCAUGAACUUAAUGGAAAAAUGGUUGAGGUCAAACGGGCUGUCCCCAAAGAAUCAUCUCCGGGGCCAAGUCAGAACCAGUUAGGUGGAUAUAACUUUGGUCUGAGUAGGGUCAAUAGCUUCCUUAAUGGUUACAUGCAGAAUUAUGCUAGUUCAGUUGGAGGUUAUGGUGUUAGAGCGGAAGGUAGAUUUAGUCCAGUUACUGUUGGUCGGAAUGGAUUUCCUCCAUUGAGCCCUGGUUAUGGGAUGGGACUGAAUUUUGAACCAAAUUUGAGUCCAAGUUAUGGAGGAAGCUCAAACCUUAGUUCUAACCUCAGUUACGGACGGGGAUUGAAUGCUUCAUUUAAUGGAAAGCCAGACAGGUUUGCUAGCCUCCUUGGGUAUGGUGGGGGCAGUGGAGGAAAUAGUUCUAUCUUAAACUUAGCAGGUCGAAAUAUGUGGGGAAAUGGAGGUCUUAACCAUGCUACUAACUCAAACUCUAGUCCUAUUGUGGGCUCUGGAAGUGGGAAUUCAGGUGUGAAUUCUUUUGGCAGCAUUGGAGCACUUUGGGAUUCCUCUCCUACUUCAGGUCAAGGUGGAGCUGCUUUUGCUUACAACAGUGGCAAUCUUAGAUAUGGAAGUGGAGACAUUGUGGUUGGAUCAGGAGGGAUAGGCUAUGAUAGAAACAGUGCGGCCGGUGUUGCACAGGUAUCAUCCCAAGGUGCUUCAAAUGGUGGUUAUAAUGGGGCUUAUGCUGAUAUAGAUGAAAAUGGGUCAUUUUAUGGGGAUUCCACUUGGCUCCCUGCACCCUUAGACCUACAGCGAUCUAGUUCUUUUGGUUUUGGCCUGGGAAACUCAACUUCAGAUGUUAGGACUAAUAGCCCUACUGGCUACAUUGGUGGUUAUGGUGUUCCCAAUAUGCAGUCAGAUAGAGGAAUUGCUGCAUAGGAGGAGGACGAAGCUAUGAUGUCAAAUUGUAGGAAAUUUGUAUGGUGGAGCUGGUUAAUGACUGUGAUUUCUACAUUUCCUUUGUGAAAAUAUUUCAGUUUUAUAUGGCAAAAAAUAUGAGUAGAGGUAAUUUGGUUCACCUUGUUUGAUGAAAAAACUUGAUAUAGAGAUCAGUUGCAAAGGAUUCAUGUAAGGUUUGAGCUUUUGAGGGUUCAUUUUUAUUUUUUUUUCUUUCAAUACAGGUUUUCUUUACUGGGAUUGAUUAAGAUGUAAAAUCAAAAUUGUGGGUAUACACAGAUUAUGUAUCAUGCAUCUCUUGGUGACAUUGGGAUACAUAUAAGAGAAGACCAUUUUUUUUUCUUCCAUUAAUUUUAGAGUCGUUGGAUAUUGUGCUGAUAAAAUAUUAUCCAGUGAAGUUGCUGGGUUAUUGUAUUUUGUAGAUUGAAAUUGUAAUGAGAUAUUUGGUUUGAUUUUAA